AUGACGGAGGGAGGGGAGGAAGCAGAGGACUUUCUGGCGCACCGGGGCCGACCCCACGUCUAUCUGCAGCGCAUCCAGCUCAACAACCCAACGGAGCGUGUGGCCGCGCUGCAGACUGUGGGACCCACUGCCGGCCCGAUCCCCAAGGCCUUCACCAGUACCUUGGAGAAGGUCGGAGACCACCAAUUCCUCCUCUACUCUGGCCGGUCUCCGCCUUUGGCCACCGGCCUGGUGCACCUGGUGGUAGUGGCCGCCAAGAAGCUAGUGAACCGGCUCCAGGUGGCUCCCAAGACGCAACUGGACGAGACAGUGCUGUGGGUGGUGCAUGUCUCCGGCCCCAUUAAUCCUCAGGCUCUCAAAAGCAAAGCAGCCAAGGAACUCAAGGCACUCCAGGACUUGGCACGGAAGGAAAUGCUGGAGCUCCUGGAGAUGCCUGCCACCGAGCUGCUUCAGGACCACCAGCUCCUCUGGGCUCAGCUCUUUAGCCCAGGAGUGGAGAUGAAGAAGAUCACAGACGCCCACACGCCGUCCGGCCUGACCGUGAACCUGACGCUGUACUACAUGCUCUCCUGCUCACCAGCCCCGCUGCUCAGCCCCUCCCUCAGCCGCCGGGAGAGAGAGCAGAUGGAGUCGACGCUCAACUACGAAGAUCACUGCUUCAGCGGCCACGCCACCAUGCACGCCGAGAACCUCUGGCCGGGGCGGCUGACCUCUGUCCAGCAGAUCCUGCAGCUGUCCGACCUGUGGAAGCUAACCCUGCAGAAACGUGGCUGCAAGGGGCUGGUGAAAGUGGGUGCCCCGGGCAUCCUGCAGGGCAUGGUGCUCAGCUUCGGGGGGCUGCAGUUCACAGAGAACCACCUCCAGUUCCAGGCCGACCCCGACGUGCUGCACAACAGCUACGCGCUGCACGGCAUCCGCUACAAGAACGACCACCUCGACCUGGCCGUGCUCGCGGACGCCGAGGGCAAGCCCUACCUGCACGUGUCCGUGGAGCCCCGCGGCCAGCCCGUCAAGGUCUAUGCCUGCGAGGCGGGCUGCCUGGACGACCCCGUGGAGCUGACCUCGGCGCCUGGGGGCCACACCUUCUCGGUCAUGGUGACGCAGCCCAUCACACCGCUGCUGUACAUCUCCACCGACCUCACGCACCUGCAGGACCUGCGGCACACGCUGCACCUCAAGGCCAUCCUGGCCCACGACGAGCACAUGGCCCAGCAGGACCCCGGGCUGCCCUUCCUCUUCUGGUUCAGCGUGGCCUCCCUCAUCACCCUCUUCCACCUCUUCCUCUUCAAGCUCAUCUACAACGAGUACUGCGGGCCCGGAGCCAAGCCCCUCUUCAGGAGCAAGGAAGACCCCAGUGUCUGAGCCCACAGCCCUGCUCCCAGCACACUGGCACAGCGCCCAGCACUGAAAGCCGCUGCUCCGAACAAGGGUCCUUUGGAAGCACCCACCCUUUGUGCCUUGUUGGGGAAACGGUGACGCAGAGUGUUGUGGAUUCUCGAGUCUGCAUCGGAAGGAGGAGCGAG